CGCUCUGCGGUCAUACUCGAAAAUUGUUUGCCCGCGCGAGGUGCUGCGUUUCGUUUCGGCUCGCAUCGAAAACACAAGAAAAAACUCACGGCCGCCGGGAAAAAUCGCGAAAUAAUUUGCCGUUUUUCGUGAUAAAAAAAUAUUAGCAAAAAUAUUGCAACACACAUUUGCUUACGAAAAACUCGAAGAAUGUGCGGGUGAAACAAUAGGCGACAACGACAACAACAAAUCGUGUGCCACCCCGGACUGCCAGUGUGCGAGAGCGAGAGAGGUGGUUGUGCGUCCCUCUCCAACACACACACACACACACUGACUCAUCGCCGCCGACGACGCGUACGCAACAAACGAAAAUAAAACGCAAGCGAAAGGAGAAGGAGAGAGAACAAAUAACGCCCACCGUAACACCCCCCGCGAACAAGAAGCUGAAGCAGAAGCAGAGAAAGACGACGACGACGAAGAAGCAGCAGCAAGGCAGACGGCAGAAUUGGAGCUUUGCGCAGAAAUCGAUUUUUUUUGCCCAUUUUAAGAGAAUUUCGGUAGCCGCCUCUCCCACUGCCGAAAAUCGUUUAUCGCCCCAGCGUGCGUGCGUGUGUGUUAGCCGUGUGUGUGCCGUGCGAAAGUGAAACAAACAAAUACAACACGAAAGAGAAAAGAUUAAAAUUAUAUGGACGUUGUAUUUUUAAUAACAACAAAAAAAGCAGUGAGUCACGGAAAACAAGAAAAAAAAAGUAAUUCAGCAGCAGCUUUAGCUUUUUAGCUGCUGGCAUUGAAGAGGUGCUCUGCCGCAGUCGACGUCGCUGCCGCCGCCCGCAACCACGCGCUCUCUUUGCCUCUCUGUCUCUCACUCACUCUCUCUUGGUGAGCGAAAUAACACCACACCACUCACACACAAACAAAAAAACAACAUAAUAUUAUUAACCAAAAUCGCCAGCCAAAGUGCCAGUUUAGUUAAAAUUAUACACUAAAAGUAAACCGAAAAGAGAGAGCUGCCAGCCAAAAGCGGAAAAUCAAUAAGAGGUCUCUCGCAAAAGUGGGAAAAACGUGCAAACAAGUUAAAAAGCAAAGCUGCAAAAAGGCAAAAACGGAAAACUCCGCGCGCGUUACACGUGUGGUUAAUGUGUGUCUGUGUGCGUGUUUAACGUUUAACUGCUAAUCGCAAAAACGCAAUCUGCAAAAACCGCGUAACAAAAGCUUACGUAAAGCUUGCCGAAAGAAAACCAGCUACAACGAAACAAAAACCACAUAAAAACUAUAAACAAUAAAAAAAAAAAAACCAAACCAAACCAGAGGAUAGACCCCCUAACAAACAGAAAUUCCCCCCACAAACUAACUAUCAAAAACUCCCCCUAACAAAUUCCCCGAAAACCCUUGAAUAAACCAGGAUAAACCCCCGACACAAAGAUGACUAAAGACAGAUUAGCCGCCCUCCAUGCCGCCCAAUCCGACGACGAGGAGGAGACGGAGGUGGCCGUCAAUGUGGAUGGCCAUGAUUCCUACAUGGACGACUUCUUCGCCCAGGUGGAGGAGAUCCGCGGCAUGAUCGACAAGGUGCAGGACAAUGUCGAGGAGGUGAAGAAGAAGCACUCGGCCAUCCUGUCCGCCCCGCAGACGGACGAGAAGACCAAGCAGGAGCUGGAGGAUCUGAUGGCCGACAUCAAGAAGAAUGCCAACCGGGUGCGCGGCAAACUCAAGGGUAUCGAGCAGAAUAUCGAGCAGGAGGAGCAGCAGAAUAAGUCAUCGGCUGAUCUGAGAAUCCGAAAGACCCAGCACUCGACAUUAUCGAGGAAAUUUGUCGAGGUGAUGACCGAAUAUAAUCGCACGCAGACCGAUUAUCGGGAGCGUUGCAAGGGAAGGAUACAGCGUCAGCUGGAGAUCACCGGCAGGCCGACGAACGAUGAUGAGCUGGAGAAGAUGCUGGAGGAGGGCAACUCGUCGGUGUUCACGCAGGGCAUCAUCAUGGAGACCCAGCAGGCCAAACAGACGCUGGCGGAUAUCGAGGCCCGCCAUCAGGACAUCAUGAAGCUGGAGACAUCGAUCAAGGAGCUGCACGACAUGUUCAUGGACAUGGCCAUGCUGGUGGAGUCGCAGGGCGAGAUGAUCGAUCGCAUUGAGUACCAUGUGGAGCACGCUAUGGACUAUGUGCAGACGGCAACUCAGGACACCAAGAAGGCGCUCAAGUACCAGAGUAAAGCCCGACGAAAGAAGAUCAUGAUACUGAUCUGUCUCACUGUGCUGGGCAUCUUAGCGGCCUCAUAUGUUAGCAGUUAUUUCAUAAUCCAAGCAAGCAAGUAGCAUGCUCAUCCAGGCCUAUAAUCUGCAUUAUCUACACAUAUUUUGUAGUACAAUUCAGGCAAUGCAAAAUCAUUAUGCUAAUUAAUAACACUGAACAAAAAAUACCAAACGUAAUGUGUAUGAGUUUUUGAGAAUUAUUGUGAUUAAGAUACACUCGGAGAAAUGCUUUCGCUUUUAAGUAGGAAAUGUAAAUUUUGUUACUAUGCACCAAUUUGAACUCGAACUCACGCGAAUUGGUGAAUUUAUGUUUUGAUUAUUAUAUUACCACCUGCAAAUGUCAGACCUGCAUUAUGUGCACGUUUUUUUUGGAUUUGUUAAUUCACCUUUUGAUCUUUUGAACGAGCGAAAAAGAAAACCCAAAACUGCAACGACAACAGCAACAACAACAAUCAGCACGUUUCCACCACAACAGCAACUAAAAACAGCAAA